AUGGACGAGUCACAGCCCAAGACCCUGUAUGUGGGCAACUUUGACAAUUCGGUGUCUGAGGAAUUGCUAUGGUCACCCUUUGCACAGAUUGACAUGGUGAAGAAUUGCAAGGUAAUUAGGGAACCUGCCAAUGAUCCCUAUGUAUUCAUUGAAUUUACCAAUCAUCAGUCAGCGUCCACAGCACUGACCGCCAUGAAUAAGAGACUCUUCCUGGACAAGGAGAUGAAAGUUAAUUGGGCCACGAGUCCAGGAAAUCAGCCAAAAGCUGACACUAGUUCCCACCAUUACAUUUUCGUUGGGGAUUUGAGUCCGGAAAUUGAGACAGAGACCCUAAGGGAGGCUUUUGCACCCUUUGGAGAAAUUUCCAAUUGUCACAUUGUGCGCGAUCCGCAAACAUUGAAAUCCAAGGGAUGUGCCUUUGUGUCGUUCGUGAAGAAGGCUGAAGCUCAGAAUGCCAUUCAGUCGAUGAAUGGACAGUGGCUGGGCUCUAGGUCAAUUCGUACCAACUGGAGCACCCGCAAACCACAGCCACCGCGUGAAACGAGCAAGGGUAUCAAGGGUGGUAAGCCAUCGUACGAAGAGAUUUACAAUCAGACCAGUCCAACAAAUGCCACGGUGUACUGUGGAGGCUUUGCAGCCAAUGUGAUCAGCGAGGAGCUGGUGCACAAGCACUUUGGCCAAUUUGGCGCCAUUCAGGAUAUCAGGGUGUUCAAGGAUAAGGGCUAUGCCUUCAUCAAUUUCACCACAAAGGAAGCCGCAAUGCAUGCCAUCGAAGCCACUCACAACACCGACAUCAACGGACAGCCCGUCAAGUGCUUCUGGGGCAAGGAGAAUGGUGGAGAUACCACCAGUAAUGCCCAGCCAUCAAACCAGAGUCAGCCGGUGCAGCCACAGGGAGCACCGUAUCCCUAUUCCUAUCAGCAAAUGGGCUACUGGUACCAGCCGGGAUAUCCUGCGGCACAGAUGCCAGCGCAGUACAUGCAACAGGGCUACUAUCCCUAUGCCUACACGAGUCCACAGCAAGGAUCCGGAGCAUAUCGCAUGGUCCAGCCGGCCAUUACGAUGUAUAUGGGAGUCCCCACGGUACAGAGUGUGACGGCCACCAAUGGGGCCGCUUCCAAUGAGCCUCAAAUCAUGUAUACGGCGAUGCCACAAUAUCAGACACAAUGAGACGAACUCAACACUGAGGAUACAGAACAAACAACCAAGAGGAUCAAGAGAUAGAAAUUUUCAUUUUAGGGCUCUCACUCUGU